UGUGGGAAGAAAACAUACCAUUAAGGAGAGGACAUUGGUAACUGGUCUGUAUCUCAUCAGGAAUAUUAUUGUGUGCUGGGUUUGAAAUGAGAAGAAGGAAAGAAAAGAAAGCAACAUUAAUAUGUUUCAUCCUGUGGAUGUUGAUUGCUCUGAUAGCUAUACAAGGAAAUUUGAGUUCAGAAGAAGUGAAUGGCAAAACGUUGAUGAAUCCUGAAUCAUUUAUGAACAUAAGUGAAAGAAUCCGAUAUUGGGGAUAUUGUUGUGAAGAAUACGAGAUCCUUACAGAAGAUGGCUAUUACCUAAAUGUGAACAGAAUUCCGGGAGGCAAUAAGUCUGCUAUAUUAUUAAUGCAUGCACUAGCUAUGGAUGGUAGUGUGUGGAUAUCAAAUUUACCCCACCAGAGCCUGGGCUUCAUACUAGCAGAUGCUGGAUAUGAUGUAUGGAUUGGAAAUAGCAGAGGAAACUUCUGGUCUAGAAGACACAAGCACCUUUCAGUUAACGAAACAGAAUUUUGGAAUUUCAGUUUGCAUGAAAUGGGCAUCUAUGAUCUUACUGCCAUGACAGAGUUUAUUCUACAUAAAACUGGACAGCAGAAGAUUUUUUAUGCUGGUCAUACUUUGGGAUCCGCAAUAGCUUACGUUGCAUUUUCUGUCCGCCCACACCUGGCUGAGAAAAUAAAACUGUUUUUUGCCUUGGGUCCUUCAUACACAUUACAGAAAGCCAUAAGUCCCAUAUUACAAAUACUACGUUUGCCAGAAGUAUUAAUCAAGCUCAUAUUUGGGAAGAAGGAAUUAGUUCUGCUGAAUCCACGCCAGAGAACAGCUCUGGCUCAACAGUGUAGACGGCAACCGGCUGAUGAACUCUGCAGACAAGCACUUUCUCUAGUUGCUGGAUUUAAUCUGAAGAAUUUAAAUAAGAGCCGUUCUGAUGUGUAUAUUUCACAUUUCCCAGAUUAUACUUCGGUAAAACUCAUAAUCCACUUGAGCCAGUUAAUGAAAAGUGGGCUUUUCAGAUAUUUUGACUAUGGCUCGAAGAACAUAGAUAUCUAUAACCAGACAACUCCACCGUUCUACAGCAUAGAGGCCAUCACUGUGCCAGUUGCUAUGUGGACUGGAGGACAAGAUUGGAUUUGCCGGCCAAUGGAAAUUGCACAGUUACGCUUUCGAACAACUAAUGUUGUCUAUUAUAAGGAGUUCCCUGAUUGGACUCACUGGGAUUUUAUUUGGGGCAUUGAUGCUCACCAACGUGCAUACAAGGUAAUCCUUGGCCUGAUGGAGAAAUAUCAAUGAAGCCACCUGGAAUUAAAAUUCCACUGUUAUCAUUGUACCUGUGGAAGUGCCAGACACUCAAGUGUUUUUUGUUUCCUGAGUUUACGUUGACUGUCUUUAUUGUUCAUUUGAUUUGUGUUCAAAUUUGCUUAUCCUUCUGUUUUAUUUAUGAACCAUGGUGUGUUUCUUUCCUACUGAAGAAUUAAGUCUAGAUCCUACUGCUAACUUAAUGUAGAUCCUAAAGUUAUAAACAAUGUAACUUCCUAAGCUUUUAACUUGUAGGCGGGUUUGCAAGUUUUCUUAAAUAAAUAAGUCUGAUCUGAA